AUGGAUGUUCUUAUUGUAGAACUUCUGCGAACUGUAAGGAAGCCUCCCGAAACAAUUCAUGUUUAUACUGAACCUCCAUCUGAAAGUGAUCUAGAAGACUCCACCCACGCUUUACUCCCAAGGAACCGAAAAAGAAGAGAUCCAAGGUCGGGAGUACAUAUCAUAGACCCCGUUCAAAAGAAAUCUACACCGACUGAGCCUGAUUCUAUGGCUCACAACAUACCAAGCCCGUUCACUGAAUCCAUUCCUAUGGAUCAAGAUUUUGAAAGCCCAAUUGUUGAAGAAGAAGUCAUACCUUCGGAAGGAGCUCAAGCUUCAAGAGCUCAUUUGAAACACCUGAGCUGGACAUCCACAAAGGACAUUCGUAUCAGCGAGCUUGAGAAAGAGAACUCCAACAAAGCUUCAAAUAUCUUACAACUUCAAGCAGAUCUUGGUGGUCUAACGACUCUAUUCUUUGACCUAAAACAGUUCCUAUUUCAAAAGUUUGGUGAUAAAUUUCAACCUUUGAGCGUUGAAGGAGAAAAGAUCACUGCUUCUAGUUCUAGUCCAGCCAAUCCAACUUCUCAACCUACAAGUAAAAGAGCUGCAAGACCUGCUCCGGAUGCUAAUAUUGAUAUAUUUUUAUCUUUUGGUCCUCCUUCUGCUCAAGAAAGAAAAGAGAAGAAAAUCAAGGUUGAGCAGCUGAAAGGGAAGCUGCUCUUGAUGAAUCAUUCAGACCAAAAUGCUCCAAGUGAUCACCCUAAGAUGUUUUUCAGGGAAACUGGAAAGAAAUUCAAAGAUAAAUAG